AAAGCAUGCCGCAGGAAGCUGUGUCAGAGGAAGUUAUGUUGCUAUUCACCAUGCCAAUUUCUCCGGCUUGGAUGUUUUUCCCAGUUAUGCACCAGAGAGUCUGAAACGCACAUGUUGUGGUCCUCGGCACAGGAUAUGACCCUUAUUUUACCCUAGACAACAGUAUUCAUCACCUAAAAACAUGACCGAUAACGCCUAAUGAGUCAAUGGCUGUUUCAUUUUUCCAUGUGGUUUUGGUUUUACAGAUGGACCGCAAGGCCCUUCAGUGGGCAGCAGGAGCCGGCAGUGAGCAGGCAGUGCGUCUACUGCUGGACCACGACAUGGAGGUGGAUGAUCUGGACGGCUUCGGUAUGAACCCUCUGCUCUUAGCGGCAUGGUUUGGUCACCUCUCGAUCCUAAAGAUCCUUGUCUCAACUGGGGCGAAGCUCUCCUGUGAAAACAAAGAUGACUUGAAUCUCUUGCACUGUGUUGCCCAGAGGGGUCACAUCAGUAUUUUGGAGUAUGUCAUGGAAGAUCUGGAAAACGUGCAGCUUAAUAAAGUCGACAAGUCAGGUAAGACAGCGUUUCAUUUGGCCGCAGAGCAUGGACACCUGGAGGUGGAGGAGUUUCUCAUUGGUAUGGGCUGUGCUCAUGACCUCAAAGACAAGGAAGAAAACACUGCACUGCAUUUGGCAGCUAAGCAAGGCCACAGUGACGUCCUACAGAAGAUCAUGGAGACCGGGGAGAGCAUUGAUGAAAAAAACAUUGACGGCUUGACUGCUUUACAUCUGGCAGCUGAAGGAGGGCAUUAUGAAUGUAUCAGACUGUUGCUGGAGGCUGGCUGCAAUGUCAAUGAACUUACUCAUAGUAACAGGUCGGCUCUUCAUCUGGUGGCCCAGCAUGGCUCAGGAAGAGAGGUCACACUGCUGGUACAGGCUGGGAUCGACCUGGAUUCAGUAGACUCACAACAUACUUCAGCUCUACACCUGGCAGUACUCAACAACUCCACAGGAAUAGUGAAGGAUCUGAUCAAUGCGGGAUGCGACUUGGACAUCUUUGACAAUCGGCUUCAAACUGCUUUGCACAUAGCAGCAGAACACGGAUGGCAGAACAUCGCUGAAAUGAUCCUGAUAUCUGGAGUCAAUCUAAAUCUGCUCGACAAGCAGGGAAAGACGUCACUGGAUGUUGCAGCACGAGGCAACCAUGUGAAUGUCGUUGACAUGAUUCUCAAAGCUGACAGAUUUUACAAAUGGGAGAAGGAAAAUGUGACGAGUGACUCUGACUCUCUGGUGGGAACGAGUCUUACCUUUUAAACAAGAUCAUCGACAGGAGACACAGCAUAUCCGAUCUGUCCUAUGGAAGCUUGCCACCAAAUAUCUCAAACCAGGCGAG